UCGCGUUUGCUAGCAGUUAUUAAGGGGACUUCUGUGUGCUUUUUCAUAAUCGUCUGAUUGUAUCCUUAUAUUAGAUUUUAAAAAUACCGUAAAUGACUUGCACGUGAAAAACGUGCUUAGGUCGGAUUCGAACCGGUUUACAGAGGGGAACACGUUUGUGGCGUAUCGAGACCAAUUGUUCUAGCCGAACAAGAAAAAGUGCGCUCUCGCGUCAUAUGGCGCACUACGUUAGUGCUUGUUAGCAUUCGAGCUAGUUGGUAACCAUCGAUUUUAACGUUGUGCCUUAGGGCAGGUUUGUUUUUAUUUAAUGAUGCCGUAUUCUUUUGACCCGUUUUCGUUAAUUAUGUUUUCGACUAAAAAGAGGAACGCAUUGCUACACACUUGCUGAAAAGUCGCAGCCAUGGCUGAUUCAAUGGGGCAGUCUGUACCAGUUGCAGUUUUCAAGUUGGUGCUGGUUGGAGAUGGAGGCACAGGAAAAACGACUUUUGUGAAGAGACACAUUACAGGAGAGUUUGAGAAGAAGUAUGUAGCUACUCUCGGAGUCGAAGUGCACCCACUGAUGUUCCACACCAACAGAGGACCCAUCAAGUACAAUGUCUGGGACACAGCUGGUCAGGAGAAAUUUGGGGGCCUGAGAGAUGGCUACUAUAUUCAAGCUCAGUGUGCUAUCAUCAUGUUUGAUGUCACAUCUCGGGUCACCUACAAAAACGUACCCAACUGGCACCGUGACUUGGUCCGUGUCUGUGAGAACAUUCCCAUUGUCCUUUGCGGCAACAAGGUAGACAUCAAAGACAGAAAAGUCAAAGCCAAGAGCAUCGUGUUUCACCGCAAGAAGAACUUGCAGUACUAUGACAUUUCUGCCAAGAGUAACUACAACUUUGAGAAGCCCUUCCUGUGGUUAGCAAGGAAGUUGAUCGGUGAUCCAAAUCUGGAGUUUGUGGCAAUGCCUGCCCUUGCUCCCCCAGAGGUCCUUAUGGACCCCAACCUUGCCGCUAAAUACGAGGAAGAACUUCAGGUUGCAUCACAGACAGCACUCCCAGAUGAAGAAGAUGACCUCUAACCUGGGAACCGCUUUCCUUAACCCUUUCCUUUUACCCUUCUCUCUCUGACUGUGGACAGGAAGUUGUUUUGCCCCUUUACUGUAAAAUCCCUUUUCAGAUUUUUUUAUUUUUGAAUUUUUUUGUUUUAAAACUUACAAAGAAAAAAAAACUUUGUGCAAAAGUUGUCGUUCUAAUUUCAUUGUAGGACAAGCCCAUCCCAGAUUUGUUGUUGGCAUGGCAACGUGCUACUUUUCAUCAAGCACUCUCCACUGCAUCUACCCAACUCACAUAAUGCUGUUGUACGGUGUACUGGGAGCACUAAGGGGAAUAAACUUUGAAUAAAAAUAUUGUCAUUAAAACAUUGA